AAAAAAAAUUAAAUAAUUCUUUACUUGCACCGCCGGGUUCUCUGUCCUCUUCGUCUCAAUACUCUCUCUCUCUCUCUCCCCGAUCCGAUUUUGCGACGCUGAUAAAGAUAAAAUUGUUCGUGGAAAUAAGAAAUUCAUAAGGAUGAAGAUUUUCGUGAAGACUCUCAAGGGCACCCACUUCGAAAUCGAAGUGAAGCCCGAGGAUACGGUUGCGGAUGUGAAGAAAACCAUAGAAAGUACACAGGGAGCAGAUAUUUAUCCUGCCACGCAACAGAUGCUUAUCCAUCAGGGAAAAGUUCUUAAAGAUGGAACGACACUGGAAGAAAAUAAAGUUGCUGAGAGUAGUUUUGUUGUUGUUAUGCUGACCAAGAACAAGGGAUCAGCAGGUGAAGGCUCAACAAUGUCGAGUGCACCCACUGUGAAGGCACCACAGACAAGUACUGCUCCCACUCCAACUCCAGCAUCUACAACUCCGCAAACUCCUGCAGCGACGGCUGCACCUGCUCCCGCUCCAGCUCCCGCUCCCGCUCCCGCUCCCGCUCCCGCUCCCGCUCCCGCUCCCGCUCCCGCUCCCUCUCCCUCUCCUAUUCCAGCUGCCAAUAAUACGUCGGAUGUGUAUGGCCAAGCUGCAUCUAAUCUAGUUGCUGGAAACAACCUUGAGGGAGCAGUCCAGCAGAUUCUUGAUAUGGGUGGGGGAACUUGGGAUAGAGACACAGUUGUUCGAGCCCUUCGUGCUGCUUACAACAAUCCAGAGAGAGCAGUUGAAUAUUUGUACUCUGGGAUCCCUGAGUCAGCAGAAGCUCCACCAACAUCUGCAAGUGUGCCCAGCAGGCAGGCUGCUAACGUGCCAGCUCAGCCUCAGCAAGCAGCUCAACCAGCAGCAGUACCUUCAGCUGGCCCAAAUGCAAAUCCACUGGAUCUUUUUCCACAGGGCUUUCCAAGUGUGGGCUCAAAUGCUGGUGGUGCAAAUACCUUGGAUUUUCUACGUAACAGCCCACAGUUCCAAGCACUGAGAGCAAUGGUACAGGCCAAUCCACAGAUCUUGCAGCCCAUGCUUCAGGAACUAGGAAAGCAAAAUCCUCAAUUAGUUAGACUGAUACAAGAACACCAGGCUGAUUUUCUUCGUCUCAUUAAUGAGCCUGUUGAAGGCGGAGCAGGGAACAUACUGGAGCAGCUUGCUGGAGCAAUGCCACAGGCUAUACAAGUUACACCUGAGGAACGUGAAGCCAUAGAAAGGCUUGAAGCUAUGGGAUUUGAUCGAGCGCUAGUACUGGAAGUGUUCUUUGCCUGCAACAAGAACGAGGAGCUUGCUGCAAACUACCUUUUAGAUCACAUCCACGAGUUUGAAGAAUGAUGACAGGAAUCAAGUUGGACAUGUUUCAUCUUUUCCAGCCGUAAUUUGCCCUCUUUCGUUACUUCCCAUCUUAUUUCUUUUUAGCUCUUAACCACCUUGUACGCAUACAGUGAACCUUUUCUGCCAUCUUUCCAGGAUUCGUACGAUGAAGAGGAUCAUCGUGUUAAGAAAACUGUAAUUACCUUGUCAUGUCUAUAUUUGUGUCUCUGGUGCUCGUAUACAAUUUCUUUCCAAGGUCCUGUACAUGAGCUUCCCUUAAUCUCUGUGAUUGCACCAUGGGAAUCUUUUCAUUCCAAAUAAUCAGCGAUCAAUUUGCUUUCGUUU